AUGAGCAGUAGUGAAGAGGUCUCAUGGAUUGCCUGGUUUUGUGGACUUCGUGGAAAUGAGUUUUUCUGUGAAGUCGAGGAGGAUUACAUACAAGACAGGUUUAACUUGACUGGACUGUCUGAACAAGUGCCUGAGUAUCGUGAAGCUUUGGAUAUGAUUCUUGAUUUGGAAAAUGACCCGUCAGACAAUCAGGAAAACACAGAUUUGGUCGAACAAGCUGCCGAAAUGCUCUACGGACUUAUCCACGCUCGAUACAUCAUGACCAACCGUGGUAUUUGUGUCAUGGUAGCCAAGUGGCAGCAGGGUGAUUUUGGCUCUUGUCCUCGGGUCUAUUGCGAGAAUCAGCCGUGCCUACCAAUCGGACUUUCUGAUAUACCAGGAGAGGCGAUGGUCAAAAUCUAUUGCCCACGUUGUCAGGAUGUGUACACACCCAAGUCCACCCGCCAUCAUUAUACAGACGGUGCCUACUUCGGGACUGGUUUUCCGAACAUGCUUUUCUUGGUUCAUCCGGAAUAUCGUCCAAAACGUGCUCCAAAGCAGUUCACAGCUCGGCUCUAUGGAUUCAAAAUCCAUCCACUGGCCUACCAACUGCAGUAUCAGGCAGCCUCCUCGAUUACAGGCCCAAUGAGAAGUUUUGCAAAGCGACAAUAA